CUGUUGACUGUUCUAAUGACAGUUGUGGACCGGCACCUGUUAUCUACUGUCUAAAAUUUAUAAUCUAGCCUUAAUAAAUAAUUAACAAAUAUCGAAAAAAAAAAAACACAUUAAUAGAUUAAUAUUUGCAUCCGCGGCGAAAUGAGUAAUAUCUUCAAGUUAAAGUUGUCUGCUCUUGGUCAUCCGAAUCCCGAUAGCUUUAAUUGUGACGAUGAAAAAGAAUAUAGAAGUGUAGUUCUAUGGCUGGAGGAUCAAAAAAUAAGACAUUACAAGAUUGAGGAGAGGGAAGGUCUUCGGAAUAUAGACAGUGAUGAUUGGCAAAAAGCAUAUGACACAUACCAAAAAGACUUAGUUAGCCCUGUCGUAAAUGGAACACUAAAUGAACAAUUAAACUGGCUUCUUUCCUAUGCUGUGCGAUUAGAGUUUGCAGAUAAUGUCACUAAAUACAAGGAAGUGAAAUUGGAUCAACCUAAGCAGGCUGUCCCUAAUGUAGUGUCUUCUAACCCUUUGGACAACUUAAACUUUGAUAGUCCUGCAUUUAAGGCUGGUGUAGAGCGUGUCUGCACUCUUGUUGGUGUGGGCCCACAUCCGGAUCCCAAAUUCCGUUUAGCAGCUCUUGCAAAAAUCCUUAAAACCACACCACAUCCUGAUCCUCCAAAGACUGAUGCCAUUUUGAUAAACCAGCCCAUAGAUGUACUCAAUCUCUUGUUCAUCCAAGAUAUAAGGGAAUUACAGACAAAAAUUAAUGAAGCUUUAGUUGCUGUGCAAUCUAUAACAGCUGAUCCUCGCACUGAUACUAAACUGGGAAAAGUUGGUAGAUAAAUUUAUAUUUCAACAAACUAAUGUUUAUAAACACUGAUUUGUAUAAAUCAUCUAUGCUUUACUAAUUUAUAAAAUGAUAUUACAAAUAUGCUCUGAGAAUAAAAAA